AUGGCUCAAUAUCAACCGACUGUUUUAAUUACUACUCAACAUGCUCAACCAUGGACAAUCAGCGCUUUUAAUGGACUAAAUGGUAAUGUUCUUCUUACAUUUAAAUGUGAUGCACCUAUUGCAUGUCAUGGUCUAUUGUGUUCUCGUGAUCAUAUCUAUGCUGCUGCUAUUGAUCGUCCUUCAAUUUAUGUUUGGAAAUUAAAUAGUCGAAAUCGAGAUUAUAAAAAAAUAACAGUUGCAGGACCUAUUAGUUCAAUGACAUUUACUCGUGAUUCAACUAUCUUGGCUUGUGCAAUAGGAAAUAAAAUAUUUCUUUAUAAACUUGAUAAUGGUCAACAUUUAAUAACACUUUCAGCACAUAUUCGAACAAUAAAUCAUUUAUUAUUUGAUGAAGAUCAAGAUUGUUUAAUAUCCGUUGGUGAAGAUAAUCUUAUUCAUCGAUGGAAUAUUGAAGAAAUAAAUCCUGAUCGAAAUUUGGAUAUUUCUCCAACAAAAUCAUUUCAAGGUCAUACAGGUCCAAUUCAUGAUCUUUGUCAAAUAUCAAUUGGAAAAUUUCAUUUACUUUUAACUGCUUCGAGUGAUCUUAGUGUUCGAUUAUGGGAUAUUGUCACAGGCAAAUGUUUAUGUACAUUUUUAUUUCCUAAUGAAAUUCAUUCAAUAUGUGUAUCAUCAUUUUCUUCAACAAUUUAUUGUGGUACAGAUACUGGUACAAUUUUUAUUGUUUCAUUACGAACAUUAACAACACAAUUUGGAGGAAUUCAACAUCAAAAUCCAACGAUAACAAUUGAUAAUAAUAAUUCAAAACAAUUAAAUCAUCAUCAAGGUUCUGUUAUAUCACUUCGAUUAAGUUCCGAUGAACAGAUUUUAUAUUCUGGUAGUCUUGAUAAAGAUUGUGUCAUGUGGGAUUUAUCAUCUGGACAAAUACGAUUUAAAAAAUCAUGUUCAAGUCCUAUAACAAAUAUUCUUCUUGCUAAAAUUGAUACUGAUGAUAUUAAUGAAGGAUCAACUAUUUCUAUUCCAUUUAGUAAUUUUUCGAAUGAAACUAAUGGUGAAGUUGUAGCACAUACUCUUGCAACUCAAAAUAGUUCUAUGCAAAGAUCAAUAUCUAAUCAAGAUUCUAUAAAAUUCAUUCCUAUGCCACCGCUGAAUGGUGAAUCAGAUGAAUCAGCAACUAUGGCAGCACCAACAUUUGUUUAA